CAGUAGUAGCUUUAAAGCUUUACAUUUAUUAUUAUUAUUUUUUACAGAAUAACAAAAAAAAUGGAGAAGAGCUUCACUCUGCUUCACACAGUUCUCACUGCUGGUGCCUUCUCUGCCGUUUCCUUCUGGUAUGGAUUCAUGUUCGGAAGAGAAUCUGCUCGGAAAGAGCUCGGCGACUUGAUUGAAGAUCUUCGCCGUGGGAAUCCCGAUUCCAAUCCUCCACCGCCUCAUUCUUGAACCGAAUGUUGUUGCUGUUUUAUUUCUGCUGCGUAAACUUCGUCACCCACUUUUGCAAACAGAUCUUAAUUGGUUUAUCUGAUUGAAUUGCGCACAAUAGUUGCUAUAUUUCACACUGUUGCUGAAGACUAUUCAUGUUUGUCUGAAAAUUCCUGCGUCGGUCUUUAGUAUGGAUUUUAUUUUAGAUUGUGGCACGCUUAGGUGGUUGGAUUUGAGGCUGCCAACAUUGAGUGGCGUUAAAACAUUUUGCAUCUUCAAACCCUCGGAUUAAGUCAAGUGAAGGGUGUCUUCAGACCUUUGUUGAAAGCAGUCCCUUUGCCAUCUUUAGUGGCGUCGUCAUGCCGUACAUUGUCCAUAACCACGGAUGUGCUCUCCUGGAUAUU